AUGCUUAAACUACUUCUGCAGAAACACCCUGAGCCCUUCUUUGCCCUGGCCAGGGAGGAUCAAGCCUAUUUUCUGCCCACAGCAUGUCACUACUUCAUCAAGUUGCUGAAGGUCAAGGGACUACUCAAAUGCUGCUACUCACAGAAUAUUCACACCCUGGAACGUGUAGCAGCAGGAUUGGAGGGAGAGGACCUGAUUGAACCUUCUACACCUCACUGCAGAUUUAUGUGCCGGAAAGAGUAGGACUUGGACUGGAUGAAAGAGAAAAUCUUCUCUGAUGACAUCCCCAAAUGUGACAAGUGCAGUAAUCUGGUUAAAUCAGAUAUUGUUUUCUUUGGUGAGAAUCUACCAAAGAGGUUCUUCACCUCAAUGGCCAUGGACUUUCCUCGCUGUGAUUUGCUGAUUAUAAUGGGUACCUCCCUGCAGGUUCAGCUCUAUGCUGCUCUUGUUGGCAGGGUUUCAAACAGCUGCCCCAGACUGCUCAUUAACCUGGAGCAAGCAGGCAGUGCAGAUCCUGUAUUAGGGAUGAUAGGCAUUGUCGGAGGGAUGGACUUUGACUCAGAGAAAGCAUACAGAGGUGUGAGUGGCACGGUGAGGACAGAGAAUGAGGUUACUGAUAGAGUUUCGAGGAGGCCCCUGACUCUGCUGGACAGGUUGCGACUGUCAGGACACCUGGGCCACUGUGAUAGAGACGAGGCCCAUGCUGCCCUCUGGGGCCGGCCUGCUAGGCCUGAUCACUUGACUCAGAGGGCUCCUGGUACUGCCAUGUGCACCAUACAGCUGACAGCAGCCAAUGGUGCUCUGUCCAUCAUCAACCCACUCUAUCUCCAUGAGCAUGGCGAUGACUGGCUGACGCAUCAACCAACCAGCCCACAGCGAGUUAAUCUGCCAUCCAAUUAUAGGCGUGAGAGACGACUGAGUACGAGACCUUGGUCAGGGGCGGAUCUUCUUACUAAGAGAGCUAUCUCAUUGGAGCAGGAGCCCUGCAGCUCUAGUCCUGAUAAUCCAGUCUUGUCUACAGGGUCUCCUGUAGUCCAGACUGCCCCGUCUCCCCCCACCCCUACAGGGGGGGUGGUUCUGAGGAGGCCCAGUAGGGAUGCUUCCAUUGAGUCACUCCACAGAACAGGGAGCCAGGACCGCACUAACACCCUCAGGACCCCCUCAGACCCCAAGCCCCUGCUCAGCCCUGCCCCUCAGUCACCUCAGAGGGUGUCCUGGAUUGAGGACAAUGUAUGGCUCUCCCAACCACCACCCCCCUCCCUCCUCCUCCCUCCCUCCCUGGAGCUAGACUCGCUGUCAAUCAACAGCGCCGAGGAGGAGCCGGAGUCGGUCACCAGUCGCUCCCACUCCCCCCACCCCUCGCAUCGGUUGACCGACAAGGUGAUGCACCGCCUCUCGGCUGUGGGCCUCGCCAUUGGUGGGCUGGGGCGUUCACAGAAGAGGCUGACCAAGCGGGUGCAGGAGCUCAGCAAGCGGAGGGACGGAGUGUUUGCUGGGGCAGUGCUGGGAUUCGUUGAGAUGACCCUAGGGGCUGGGUUUAUCCCUGACAUGACAGGUGCGGACCUGCUUCAGGAGGUGCGUACGGCUCUCACUGCCCUGAGAGAGACACUGCUGGACUGUCCUGAGAUACACAUCCUCAUAGACAGUAUGGCCGACACAACAGACUGGGAGCUGGAUGCCAUACUGGAGCUCUCCCUACACAAGGUGGCCCUAAAGCCCGUGAACGCCCACCUGUACACCUGCCUCCAGAGCUGUCGGCACCACGACGGUAGCCUGCGGAAGCUGAGGGAGAACCAGCGGCUCCUGGAGGGCCGGGGGGUGGAGGAGCUGGAAGGGACGCCUGGGGCGGGGGUCCCUGACCCUGUCACCCUGGAGAAGAUCCAGCAGAGGUGGUCAGCCAUGCACCAGUCCUACUCCCCCAGCAGGAAGGUCCAUAUCCUGCUCAAGGUCUGCAAGACCAUCUACCACAGCAUGACGGCCAAUGCCAACCCAGGUGUGGUGUAUGGGGCUGAUGACUUCCUGCCCUGUCUGACCUGGGUGCUUCUGCGUGGUGAUGUGGUCACUCUGCAGCUGGACACUGACUACAUGAUGGAGCUACUGGACCCCACACAGCUGCAGGGAGAGGGAGGUUACUACUUGACGUCCCUGUACGCCUCUCUCUUCUACAUCAGCAGCUUCCGCCCUCGUCUCGCCACGCGCCAGCUUACCACCGAGGCCCAGCCUCGUCUCACCACGCGCCAGCUUACCACCGAGGCCCAACAAUCCCUGAGCCAAUGGCAUCGCAGGCGCACCGUGCACUGCAACCAAUCACGACGCAGCACGAAGCGGAGGACCCUCCGGGGACCUGGGCAUGGCGAGAAGGGCAAGGAAAACUCCAGUGACGCAGAGCCGGAAACUGGCACAGUUUAACUGAUGACCCACCGGCGCCCUCUAGUGUUGUGGCAAAGGCACUGCACAUAAUCUCAGAGGUUGUGGUAGCGGUGAGGGAGGAGGAGGGCAGCAGAGUGGAGGGUCAAGGACCCCCAGCUGCACAACUCCAGGCCUCACCUCGGAAGGGGAGACAGGACUCAGGUUAGUCUCCGCAGCGUCCAUGAGGACCACAGAUGCUAACCUCCACAGCGUGGCCUUCGCUCCAGAUCAAAACUCCAAACCUACAACCUAAUUUUGACCAAAAUUAACCAGAUAGAUUACUGCUGCCAAGUUUUCCUGUUUCCAAGCUAUACAGAGGGUGCUCUAGCAAACAAACAGCAGAGACCUGAGGACACCAUCCAUCCUGGAACUGAGUGAGUAGUGUUUGGUCUGAUGCUAUUUUGAAAGCCAAGAAUAAAAAUAAAGUACAUUACAAUGAUAUAUUUUAAUUUAUGGAGACUGAAUGCUGAGUUAAGGCUGCCAGGCUUGCUAGGACAGACCAGAUAAAACUUCAAUUAGCACUGAGGUGUGAAGUGAAAGGUGUUGAAGCCUUUGGGACCAACAUGUGGCAGGAGUAUUUGAAGCCCCAUCCUGCUGUUCAAAGAUCAUCCACUGGGAUUUUCUACAAGAAAUCUGCCUCCAGAAAUAAAAGUUUCUCCCAAGUGGUUGCGACAUCUACUCCCGUUGCCUGCUGCACUGCUGCUUGGAUUCCACCUGGCGAUCUGUUCACCGUCUGCCCUGGUCUGUCUCCCCCUGACUGGUAGAGGUACCCCCACCACACUCCCCCCUCUCUCCUGAGCUUUUGCUCGCCUCCAGCACUCACGCAUUAUUGGGGUGAGUGACUCUGAACUUACAAUGGC